AUGUUAGCGGACGCGUUUUACCGCUGGCUGUGCCUUGUUUCGGCUACGAUCAGCCUGCAGCUGGCCGCCGGGGCCGAUUGGAACUAUUUCAAGUGCUUCGAGACGGUCAAACGAUGCCCAAACCAAAACGUGUCCUUUUAUCUGUACACGAGAGACACUCAAGAAAAUCCCACCCAACUGGACAUGUUCAACCCCGAAACAAUCACAGGCGCAAACUUCGCACGAGGCCGCCCUCUGAUAGUGCUGAUCCACGGGUACACCGGACACCGUGAUUACGCACCCAAUCCCACAAUUCGACCUGCUUAUUUCGCAUACGGCGAGUACAACAUCAUAUCCGUCGACUACAACCCGCUCGCUCUGGAACCGUGCUACCUCCAGGCGGUACGAAACCUCCCGACGGUGGCAAACUGUACGGCACAGUUGCUCGAUUUCCUGAUAGCCCAACAGAUCGUCCCUCUGGAGGACAUCCACGUAGUAGGAUUCAGCCUCGGUGGUCAAACGGCCGGUAUGAUCGCGAAUUAUCUACGAUCAGGUCGUCUCAAACGCAUCACCGGGCUUGAUCCCGCUAAGCCACUUUUUGUGUUCGCCUCUAAUGACCACAAGUUGGACCAGUCGGACGCGGAGUUCGUACAAGUCAUCCACACGGAUGUGUUCCAACGAGGCAUCCUACAUCCGAGUGGUCAUACCGACUUCUUCGUCAACGGUGGCGUGGUCCAGCCGGGUUGUGAUGCGGCUACUAUGAUGACCACAGGCGAAUGCAAUCACAACCGAGCGCCUGAGUAUUACGCCGAGUCGAUCGGGACUCAGGUCGGUUUCUAUGGUUACCGGUGUGCUCACUGGUACCUCUACAUGUUAGGUAUCUGCAGAGGAGGCGGCUCGGAUCAACAAGUUGCCAUUAUGGGCGCGCACACUCCAGACACAACCCGGGGCCUGUACUUCCUGACCGUUAACAUGAUGCCGCCUUAUGCAAGAGGAAGAAAUUUCACCCUACGCGAGGAGCUGGCGGCCCUAUCGUCCAACAUUAGCAACUAA